GCCGUCCCGCCGCCGCCACCGCCACAGCCACCGCCGGGGCCCCGCCGCCUGCCGUCGCAGGCAGGGGUCUGGUCGGGACAGGGGUCCCCGCCCGGGGUCUGGGGCAUCCCCGUGCAGCCGAGAGGCGUGCAGCCCGCGGGGGGCGCCACUUGCGCCGCAGCGCCCGCUCGCUCAACUGCGUGGGCGGGAGGGCGUUGGGGCUCCGGGGCGCCCCGAAAGCAGGGUGCCCCGACUUCUCCGGGGGAGCCCCAAUCCCGUGGAGCGUCCAGAGCGAGCGCGCCCCAGCCGCACCGGACCUUGCGCUCAUCCCCCGCAUACCCCACUUCUGCACAAACUUUUCUGACGCCCUCGCCCGUGGGGGUCGCGGAGAGCGCUGAGCUGUCCGCAGGGCUCCCGCCCCGCCGGACCCUGGCCACGCUGACCUCCUGCCUCUCGUAGCUUCAGUGGCGACCUCUCCAGGCCGGGCCGGGCACGGCACUCGAGGCGCGCGCGGCAAGCGCCGCGGCUCUCCGAAGGCUCCCGCGCCCCCCGGGGCAGCUGGGCGGGGUAAUGCCCUCGGUGAUGGAGAAGCCGAGCGCGGGCUCCGGGAUCCUGUCCCGCAGCCGGGCCAAGACGGCGCCCAACGGCGGACAGCCCCACUCGGAGGAUGACAGCAGCGAGGAGGAGCAUUCGCACGACAGCAUGAUCCGCGUUGGAACCAAUUACCAGGCCGUAAUUCCGGAGUGCAAGCCUGAGAGCCCUGCCCGCUACAGUAACAAGGAGCUGAAGGGGAUGCUGGUGUGGUCGCCCAACCACUGUGUGUCAGAUGCCAAGCUUGACAAGUACAUUGCGAUGGCCAAGGAGAAGCAUGGCUACAACAUUGAGCAGGCACUGGGCAUGCUCUUGUGGCAUAAGCACGAUGUGGAGAAGUCACUGGCCGACUUGGCCAACUUCACCCCGUUCCCUGACGAGUGGACCGUGGAGGACAAGGUGCUGUUUGAACAGGCCUUUGGCUUCCAUGGCAAAUGCUUCCAGCGGAUCCAGCAGAUGCCUCUGGCAUUGCCCUUCCAGCUGCCUGACAAGCUAAUCCCCAGCCUGGUAAAGUAUUACUACUCAUGGAAGAAGACUCGGAGCCGGACCAGCGUGAUGGACAGACAGGCUCGGCGGUUGGGGGGCCGAAAGGACAAAGAAGACAGUGAUGAGCUUGAAGAGGGCCGGGGAGCCGUGAGUGAGGGAGAGCCGGAUGCCGGAGACCCCAAGAGAGAGCCUCUGCCCUCUCGGCCCCUGAAUACCCGGCCAGGCCCCGGGAAGAAGGAGGCCCAGGGGUCUCAGUACCGCCACCACCCGCUGCGAACCCGGCGUCGCCCACCCAAGGGCAUGUACCUGAGCCCUGAGGGCCUCACGGCUGUGUCAGGAAGCCCAGACCUUGCCAACCUCACGCUUCGAGGCCUUGACUCACAGCUCAUCUCCCUCAAGCGCCAGGUGCAAAGCAUGAAGCAGACCAAUAGCAGCCUCCGCCAAGCACUGGAAGGGGGCAUUGACCCGCUGCGCCCCCCUGAGGCCAACACCAAGUUCAACUCCCGCUGGACCACGGAUGAGCAGCUUCUGGCCGUCCAAGCCAUCCGUAGGUAUGGCAAAGACUUUGGGGCUAUUGCAGAGGUGAUCGGGAACAAGACUCUGACCCAGGUGAAGACCUUCUUUGUGAGCUACCGGCGCCGCUUCAAUCUGGAGGAGGUGCUGCAGGAAUGGGAGGCCGAGCAGGAUGGGGCCCCCGGAGCGCCUGUCCCCAUGGAGGAGGCUAGGAGAGGGGCCCCCUUGCCAGCCCCAGCCCUAGAGGAAGACGAUGAGGUGCAGAUCACCUCCGUCUCGACAUCUGUGCCCCGAUCGCUACCCCCUGUGCCACCUCCGCCUCCACCUCCCACCUCGCUGUCCCAGCCACCCCCGCUGCUGAGGCCACCUUUGCCCACGGCGCCCACCCUGCUCCGCCAGCCGCCCCCACUCCAGCAGGGCCGCUUCCUCCAGCCGCGGCUGGCCCCCAACCAGCCCCCACCACCUCUCAUCCGCCCCGCUCUGGCUGCCUCCCGCCACAGUGCCCGCCCCGGCCCUCAGCCCCCACCCACCCUGAUUGGAGCCCCUCUGGAGCCUCCAGCACCCUCACUCUGAGCCCUGGGGCUCCAGAACCCCGUUGCUGGCCAUCCUCGGACACCUCUGGCUUCACUGAGGACGGAAGGGACUAGAGCUCUUGGCCAGGUCUUUCGAAGACCCAGAGCUGCCAGUGGGCACAGUCUGGACCUGUGGGCUCUGCACGUUUCUGGCAGCUGAGUCUCUCAGCCCCCACCCCAGCCAGGGGCUGGGGCUCAGGGGCCUUCUGAGCUGGCCUGAGGGUACUUGCUCUUCCUGGCUGGGGCUGGAAUGGCUGCCUCCUAGUCUGCUGGGGCUUGGCCUUCGGUCUGGCCCUUUGUGUAGAGGGGGUAGUGACCUUAGCUUGGGGGAUGGGGGAGAGGGCAGCCUUGGCUGUUCUUCCUCUUUCCUUUCUUUUAGCAAUAAGAAGUCAGGGUGAGGUGGGGAGGGGGCUGGAGGGGGGAGGUGGGCAGAGAGGUUCCUUUGGGGCCUGAGUGUGGCAGAACUGGAUGGGCGGCUCCCAUCUUCUGGAGCCUGCUCACAAGUGCUGAGAAGCUCUAAGGGUGCCCGCUAUACCCACGGCCCAAAAGCUUAGAGAAAGGAGGGCUGGGAACAUAUGCAGACAUGGGUUUAUUUUUCAACGUUUUUAAAAAAUAAAUAAAAUCUUCCACGUUCACUGAGUGCUCUUUUUUGGUGUGGAGGGCCCUGGGCUUUGCUUCCUGUCUGUGCCCUGAGGAUGGAAGAGAGCAGCCACCCAGCACUGGCCUCCCCCAGGCCCCAGACA